AUGGACGCCAUCCCUGCCCCUCCAGCCACUCUCCUCGACCUGCUAGGUCCGCGCGACCACAUCAAGAUCGUCGUGCCGUUUGCGUCGGGCGUGUGCGAGCUGAGAGAGGAUAGGGACGGCGAGCAAGACCUGCACAUCGACUCCUUGCUGGUCCUCGUCUCGACGAUCAGCAACGAUGUCGAGGCGAGUGCCUUGUUGCUCUACGACACAGCGCGAGAUUGCACAGUCGCGGCACUUCCGCUCAUCUCGCAUCUCCUCGACGUCAAGAGCGACUCGCCUACGCAGAUCAGCGUCUCUGCGGGCGCAUCGCGCAUUGAGGGGUCGUCCCCGAAUGUGCUACUGUUGCAGGACCUGCGCUUACUCCUCGAUGCGCUGGGCGCGAGCGGGUCGCGGCAUAAGGCGGGAGAUGACGAGACGUUGCUGCUACUCACCAGGUGGGCGUGGCUGAAGCGAUACGCCGGUAGCGGGGAGGUCUUUGCCGGUGUGAAGCGGGUGCUGGGCGAGGCGAGGGAGAGGGGCAAGAGACCAAUCUACAGUCGGUUCGCCACCACCACCACCACCACCUCAUCGAGCGCUCCUCUUCCUGCUGCACCACCCCCUUCCUCCUCACUCCGCCUAACAGUAAUAACCUACAAUGUAGGCGGGGCUCUCCCUCCCUCCUCCCCUCUCGACCUCCCCCUCACCUUCCUCACCCGCCCCUCCCUCCAGCAAAGCGAUCUCCUCGCCAUCGGCCUCCAGGAAGUGGACACGUCCUCCUCCGCCUACAUCUGGUUCGACCCAGCGCGACAGGCUGCGUGGAUCAGCGCCGUAAAUCGACACCUUGCGCGGGGCGAGGGGGAGGGUGAGGAGGAACAGGAGGGUAGAUGGGAGCUCCGAGCCGUCAAGCAACACGUGACCAUCCUCCUUCUUGUGUACGAGCGCGUCCCCGUCAGCUCGGAGCGACGACUCGUCGUGGACGAGGUAGCUCUUGCGUCCGUAGGCGUAGGAUUAGGCGGCUUCAUGGCGAACAAGGGAGGGGUGGCGGCGAGAAUGAGGGUGCGUGCGCGCGGCCAAGAGGCGGGACAGGCACAGGCGCAGGCACAAGCGCAGGCGCAGGCGACCCUCUGCUUUGUUACCGCACACCUUUCUGCUGGAGCGGGGAGGAUCGCUAUGGAGCGACGCGUGUGGGAUUGGGCCGAGCUGGAGAGGCGAUUGCGCUUCGAGAUGCCGGUGCGCGAGGCGGUGCACGAAGCGGUGCGCGCGGGGGAGGGCGAGUCGAGCUCGAACAGUAGCAGCAGCAGCAGCAGCAGCAGCAGCAGCGAGGGUGGCGAGUCGGUCCCGACUAUCAAGCUCGGUCUGCGAGAUCACGACUACACCCUCCUAUUCGGGGACCUCAACUCUCGCUUGCCCCUCUCCCUCUCCUCGUACCAGGUACAACGCCUCCUCCGCCGGGGCAAAGUCGGGAUGCAGAUGCUGCAGGGGUACGACGAGCUACGAGCGCACUUGAGCGAGAACGAGGCGGGGUCAGCGGCAAAGGGCAUCUCUCUGGUGGAGACGGACGAGACGCGGCUGUUGGCCUUGCAGAGCUGGCAUGGCUGGAGAGAGGUGGGCGAGCUAGCAUUCCCUCCUACGUACAAAUUCGACGUAGGCACCUCGCACUACGACACGUCGGAGAAACAGCGCGUCCCCUCGUGGACGGAUCGCGUGCUCGUGCACGGCAGCCGUGAUUGGAGCUUGAACGCGUAUGACUGCGAGGGGGCAGUGCUGCUGAGCGAUCAUAAGCCUGUGAGGGCCGAGGUGGUCGUACAUCUCGCGCCGCCGCCGGCGAGGUGA